UGAAAAAGUAGGUGAAUAGGCAUUAUUGACCGAAAUCGGUUGGCCCAUUACUCCAAACACUCGUGGCCGCUUCUACACCGGAUCUCAACCCCGGGAGCCAUCUUACGUGGCCUCCUAAUUCAUCCACCACGUCACCCUCCGCACCCCUAUAUAUAUAGAUAUCCAAACCUCCGAAAUUGACCGACGAAUUCACCACCGGAAUUUUGCAGCGCAUUGACAAUGGCGGAACAACAGCAAGAGACCUCGACCGGCAUCACAGUCACCGGCAUGCAAUUCGCGUACGACGCACAGCCCCCGCUCUUCUACGACUUCAGCCUCGAUAUCGCUCCUGGAUCGCGGUGCCUUCUUGUCGGCGCCAACGGAUCCGGCAAGACGACUCUGCUGAAGAUAUUGGCGGGGAAGCAAAUGGUGGGAGGGAGAGAUGUGGUGCGGGUGUUGAAUUGCUCGGCGUUUCAUGACACGCAUUUGGUUUGUAGCGGCGACUUGGCCUAUUUGGGAGGCUCCUGGAGCAAAACUGUCGGCUCUGCCGGAGAGCUACCGCUCCAAGGAGACUUCUCUGCUGAGCAUAUGAUAUUUGGAGUUGAGGGAACUGAUCCAAUCAGGAGAGAAAAAUUGAUUGAGCUGCUUGAUAUCGAUUUGAAGUGGCGAAUGCAUAAGGUAUCUGACGGGCAGCGGCGCAGAGUACAAAUCUGCAUGGGACUUCUCCAUCCUUUCAAGGUACUAUUGCUUGAUGAGGUAACAGUCGACUUGGAUGUUGUUGCUAGAAUGGACUUAUUAGAUUUCUUCAAAGAAGAAUGUGAGCAGAGAGGAGCAACAAUUGUAUAUGCAACACAUAUCUUUGAUGGCUUGGAAACAUGGGCAACACAUUUAGCUUACAUCCAAGAUGGUGUGCUAAAGAGGGCUCAGAAGUUAUUGGAGGUUGAAGAGUUGAAGAGUUCUGUCAAUCUGCUUUCUGUUGUGGAGUCCUGGCUUCGUGCUGAGACCAAGCAAGAGAAAAAGAAACCCAAAAAUCCUGCCCACACAUCAUCUCCUUUUGGUAUGUCGUCAAGACACAUGGCAUAUUACCGCUGAUCUUUGAUGAAGAUGGAUGAAAGUCCAAAAUUUUCACCAAUCCUUUGUUUACCCGUUUGGAGUGUUUCCCUUCUUAGACUGUAGAAAUAAGAAUGGCAUUAAAAUGGGAUACCUAGGUGAAGCAUUCGUAGUUGGCUAUACAAUGAUGCAGCUCUGAUGGCUUCUGUAUGCUAAUACGUUAUACUGACACGGGUCAUAUAAGAAAAUUUGCAGCAAUUUUAUUGUG